UUUUACAGUGUAACCAACGAUGGGUGAAAUUGAAUUUUGACGAAUCUUGACAGAUGAGGUAUAAAAAAAAUUUAUUUUGGGUACGAAUUUUCUCUUGCACCACAAGAAAUCCACUUUUGUGUGAAGAAAAAAGUGAAUUUUUCCCAAAAAUCAAGUGAAAAUUGUGUGGAGCUUGGUGUUGCGAGAUGGCUGCAGUGAAUGAUUGCUUUUCCAUUGGUAGUACGGUAGUGUGUACAACGUGUUUCCAUCAAAAUAUCGAAGGAGAAGUCUUGGCGUUCGACCAGAGUACCAAAAUCUUGAUUUUGAAAUGCCCACCAAUAAGUGGAGCAGUGAAGCAACACGAUGUCUUCAUGGUGAAUCUAAACCUUUGCGGUGAUGUGCAAGUAAAGAAGGAAGUUAGUACAAAGCCAGAUCCUCCACAGUCACUAAAUCUCCAACGAUUGACAACCAGAUUGAGGAAUACGUUGGAACAGAAGAGGCGACUUGUGACAGCUCUGGCAGCUGGUGUGAGUCCCGAUGGGCAGAAACUCUUUAUAGCGAUUUCAAAGACAAUUGAUCAAGUUACGUGGUCCGGACCCAAUAUAGUUGUCUUCAACGACGUCACUAUAUCACCUCCAUACAAAGUAGACAAUGUUGCCGGAAAUCCAGACUCCAAACAAUUGACUUAUGUGAAGAAAAUCGUGGAAAAGUAUCUAACGGAUUCAGCAGCCACAUCAUCAGCUACCAAUAAUCAAGGAAUACCCGCAGUAUCAGCAAAUUAAUAAUUUAAAUUAUGAUUUAUAAACAAAACAAAAAAAGGAAGAGGAAAAGAUUAUAUUUAUAAAAAAUGUAUUGAGUCUCCGAACAGAUAAAGCAUAAAAAUUUAAUCUAAAUUCCGAAGCAUGCAAAUCAGUUUGCAUGAACAUCAAAAUUUUCUUUAAUUUUUCUUUUCAAAUUUCACUUUUUUUUUCUUCAAAGAAAAAAAUAAUAAAGCAAAAAAGUUAUUUAAAAAAAUAAGGAUAGAACAUCCUGUUUAGUAUUUUAUAUCCUUUUUCUCUCUCUCUCUCCUGCAAAAAUAUUCUCUUUAUUUUUUUUUUUGAAAUCGGAAUUUAUUUAGAAAAAAAAUCGCGCUGAAUUUGUGAUUUUUUUGUUCAAAACUUUUUUCUUAAGAAAAAAAAUUUCCAUCAAUAAAUAAUUUACCUUAAAAAAAA